GUACUUGCGGCAGAACAACUCAUUUGCUCUUAUAGACGUCUAGGACAUACUCUCCCGUUCCAAACGCGUUUCGAGGAGCCAUACAUAUCGUCCUUUGUCGACGUUUGAACACUUACGGACACGGGACCGCACUGUGUGCAACCACAUUCGCGAGGUGAAUGCUCUCACAGCAGCUAUAUUGACUUGCCAUUACAACUUUGGACCCUGCUCCCGGAAGCGGAGGCAGAAUGAAUCGGCUGUCUCAAAAAUGCGCCCAACCCUUACGGCCCAACAAUACUGUACCGUGGUACACCACGCACAGUGCUGCACAUUGAACCUGUGCAUGAUUACUGUUUGUAAGGCCACAACACUCUUUGUGGACGCGACACCCUGCCUACUUAUCUGCAUAAACACUUGAAACCAUUUGACUACCCUCCCAACGUCUCUUCUGGAAUUGGAUACACCAUGGAAAAAAGGCCACUGCGAACUGCGGCUAUCCGCCGAUGCGGCUUCAAGCUGCCGAAUGACAAGUACCAGUGUCAAAUGGCAGGAGGCAAGUUCCAACCUGUGGUGGAACUAUGGUAUUGCAGGCUGCACGACUGUCACGCGCAAGACAGAUGCCAGGUGCUGGUUCACUGGGCUGGGAUGGGUGCGCAGUGCGAACACUUCGGCGCUCUUAACGAGAGCACCGGAAAAAAGCUAUGCGAGCGGCAUGCCAUGCAGAAUAGAAGUGAUGCCCGGCCGCAUAAUGGGCAGCGCAACGAGUCCACCGAAGAGAGUACAAACCACGAGGGCGAGAAGCAAGGCGUCGCGAUUUCAAAUGAUCCAAGUUCAAGCCAAUCGACAGUAUCAUCUACCGAAGAUGCGAUGACUGACGCACCGCACUUUGCACAAACUACCACAGAAUCGUCUCCUCUUCUGCCCAGCACAGAGGGAUCUACGGACUCAAAAUCGUCAAAGCUGGUGCCGUCGGAAGGAAAACACUUCAGUGAUGCUAGAGAGGACCUCAACCUUAAAAUACCGGACCAAAGUGAACUGAAAGCGGCCUCGGUCAGUCCACCGGAUGUACUGCGUGACUCGAAAAAAGCAUCGCAUACGCGUAUCGACUCACUCGCGCCAUUCUUCGACUCCAGCCUCCGAACAGAGGGCGGCAAAUGCAGCACGCCUACCACCCCUACUUACGAUGGUCGUCGAGGCCUUCAGAGUACACUCGGAAAUCUCGUAGCAGCAUACGGCGCCACGUCGUAUAGCCCGGCAGUACAUGCGCACAUCAAUUUUUUAAACGCAAUGCGAGAUGGAGGGCCUUCAGAGUUGAACCGUAUUGCAGCUGUGUACGCACAAUGCUGUGUAUGUCUUGAACCACAUGGAGAGUACAACAUGCGGCAAAUCGAGCCAUGCAAACACCAAUACCGAGAGCUCUGUUUGAGGAAGGCAAUAAGUAUAGACGGCGUGCGAAAAUUCAACUGUUCAAGUUGUACAGGCUGGAUGCAAGAACGAAACAGAGAGAUAUUAGAGCGCGGGAGGCUAUAAAGUUUCGCCACUCAUACGCUGGUCAUCUAAAACAAAUGCAGAGCGCAAGCCAAGCGUUCCUUGCUACCACCCACGCGAGACGAUUGCGUUUGAAUCAACAUGCAGUGUAGAUGGAUUUGACAAUCAGUCAUUGAGCACGACUAAUAGUCCACUUCAACUGAGUGAUAGCUUCCAAUGCCUACAAUAGCGCGUUAUCAGGG